AUGACCUCGGAUAUGGUCAGAAUAGGCCGUGGCGGAGCCGGCAACUACCACUCUGCGCCGGUUAACCUAACAUGUAGUCGCCUCGCGCAGAAAAAGGACGCAGCAGCGCUCGCGCCCAGCAAGAGCCAGAUCGCCCGCGCCACGCAGCCUGCGCAGGCGCCGGUCCUGACGGGCCGCGGCGGCGCCGGCAACGCCAUCUCGGAGCCCAACGCCACGGCGCACGCCGAGGGCCAGCGGCUGGAGGACCUCGAGGCCGGCGGCGGCCCACAGGUGACGGGGGCCGACGUCGCAGCCAGGAACCCCCACGGCGUGCUAUCCGGGCGCGGCGGCGCCGGCAACUGGCGUGACAGAACGGCAGAGCGGCAGGGGGAAGAGGCGGUGCGGAUUGCCGAGGCGCGGAACAAGGCGGCGGCGCAUGUCGACGGGGAGCUGCGCCGGCCGGAACCGACGCACACCAGGACACGCCACUGCGAGCGCCGCCUGGAAAGGUAG